GCGCUGUACAGAAGUUAAGGACAGUAAAAUAAUACAAGGCUUUUAGACAUAUUUUUUAAUGUUAUACUGCAACUGGGACCUUUCUGACACGUGCAUAUAUAAUGUGCCACCGUAAGAAAAUAACAAAUACCGUUACGUUUUUAACAUGCGUUAAUAAAGCGUCACGUGACCAAUACUUGGGUUCUUCUCAAGUACUCCACGGUAGCUAACGUUAGCUAGCUCAAAACAUACCUUUACUCUCUAGACCGUUUCGGGGGGAAAUAGGUUAAUAAUCUGCUUUUGCUUUCAUGAUGAAAUGCAGGCAGCUACGAUGGAUCCAGCGGAAGAGACCCCAUCGAUGUUGUGGGGGCUGGACCCGAUCUUUUCUGCCUUCGCCAGGCUGUAUGUCCGAGACAUCCUGCAGAUGACAGAGUCCACACAGGUGCCAGGUAUUUACUUCUACAACUCCCAUCCGAUCUAUAAAGUUGAUGUACUUGGGACAGUGGUAUACAAGAGAGAAAGAGACGACUUCUUCUGUUAUGGAGUGGAUGACGGUACUGGCGUAAUAAACUGCCUAUGCUGGAAAAAUGACCUGUUGAAAGAGGAGGCCAAUCCUACUAAAUCAAGGGGAAAACACAGCGACGGGGCUAAGGGAGGCUUCAACCCAGCCACUGAACUGGAGAAGCUGAGACAGGCCCAGCAGAGCCGCUGCCAUCUGGAGAUCGGAGAGCUGCUCCGAGUCAGAGGGCCGGUGAAGACGUCGAGGCAGCAGAGAGAAAUCAUGGCCUCCACUUACUAUAAAGUGAACGACCCAGUGAUGGCGGUCCAGAUAGCGUGGAUGAUGGAGGUUCCUCAGCUCUACAGACAGUGCUAUGACAAACCCCCCCAGCUGCAGCCUACUGCAACGGGUGACUCAGGCAUCAGUUCCCUCAGCAAGGCGACGAAUACCAUCAAGGAUUUCUUUAAGCAGCAGUCGGUGAGCAGGUUCAGACCCUACGAUGUCCAGGACCUCCUGCAGCCUCUCAUCUCCAGCCAGCCUCAAACUGCAUCAGCAGACCAGGAGCCUGUGGCGGGUCCAUCUGCGUGCCAGCAGCUCCGCCAGCUCCUGAAGGAGGCGCUGCAAAUUUUACAGGACGAGGGUAUUGUGUACCGCAAAGUCAAAUCCCAGGACGAAGUCUAUCACGUGACUGCACAUGACACAGAUCUACGCAUAGCCGUCAAAGACAUUAUCAGGGAGGACUCAAAGAGAGAAAAGUAUGCAGAGAAGGGUUGCCACAUCCUGCACAUCCUGUCUGCAGUCAGGCAGCGCUACAGCCUCAACGUGAGCAAAGCGGCACUGGAGCUGGUCCUCAAAUCACUGGAGUGCAACAGUGACAUCGUCAGCACCAGCGACAGCCAUUACACUGUGUUUUAACUUGAGCCCAGUGGAGUCGGGAACCCAGUAUUACUGUGUAUAUACUCUGUGUAGUAUGGCUUAUUGCUCCUAAAUGUGAGCGUCCCAUAUGUUUAAGUAAAAUCAUGCCAUUUGAUUUCCUUCGUUCAUCAUGACUAAUACUGCUAUAAGUGUGGCAUUUGCCAAUAUCAGUUGAACUGCAUAUUUGUUGGUUUUUUAAGAUAAUGUUUUAUGGGAAAUUCCGCCUUUAAUGAUAGGACAGCUCAGACAUGAAAGGGGAGAGAGAGGGGGAAGACAUGCAGGACACCGUCACAGGUCGGACUCAAACCCUUAUCCUUCUGCGUCAAGGAAUAUAUAUGUGUGUCAAUAUGUGUGUGCCUGCUCUACCAACAGAGCUCACCGGCCACAUAUUUGUUGUUUUAUUUUAAGUGAGUGUUCUAAAGUUAAACAUUAAGUUAAAGAUAAAUGUGUGCCUUAUAUAAUUAAGAAAAUUGACAUCAGGGAAGCUUUCAAGGUCACUGUGCACUGUUGUAAAUAUUUAUGAUAGUAGAAAUGUUAAAAUAAAUAGGAAAUAAAUAACAUACCAGGCAACAAAGACAAGGCUCAUGCAUGACUGGAUUAACUUUCUAGGGAGCCCUGGGGCAAAAAUAAGCUCCUGGGUCCCCAUUAAGCCCCUUCAUUCUUACCUUAUAUCCAAUUUGUAUCUUUUCUUUAAUAAAAACAAACGUGAUGAUA